AUGACGGAGGAAAAGGGUGAAAAAUUCGUGCUGGAGGAAACUGCAUUUGAAGAAAUUGAAAGAGAUUUUCAGGAGGUUCUCGGUGAACUUUCAGGAGACAAAAGUCUGGAAAAGUUCAGGGUUGAAUAUGAGAAGCUUCAUAGUGUUAUGAAAAAGUCUUACGACAAUGAGAAACGCCUCAUGGCCAAAUGCAGAGAGCUGAACGCAGAGAUUGUGGUGAACUCUGCCAAGGUGGCCACUGCCCUGAAGCUUUCUCAAGAUGACCAGACCACCAUCGCGUCUCUCAAGAAGGAAAUUGAAAAGGCCUGGAAGAUGGUGGACUCGGCAUACGAUAAGGAGCAAAAGGCCAAGGAGACGAUUCUCGCCCUGAAAGAAGAAAUAGUGAACCUGACCAAACUGGUUGAGCAGGGGUCUGGACUGUCGAUGGACCAGGACAGCAACAUCCGGGAUUUACUGAAGUUCAAAGAAGAGGUGACGAAGGAGCGUGACCAGCUCCUGUCGGAAGUGGUGAAAUUGCGCGAGAACCUAGUUCAGACCACUGAACAACAGCAGGAAACCGAGCGCGCCAAGGAAGAUGCGCAACAGACCAUCAAUCAGGUCCGCUACUGUGUUCCGUGUUCCGGGUGA